AUGGAGAUUUGCCUUUCUGCAGUUCUGGGUGAGCUUACUACAAGAUCCAUAAACUUUGUCCUCAGAAAACUCUCAAAGCCACCAGCACUCAAAGUUGAGGAUUGCCUGGACAAGGUCCUGCUGAGAGUGCAGGUCAUUGUCGACGAGGCCAUGGGGCGGCGCAUCACAAACCAAGCUAUGCUCCAGCAGCUUGACAUGCUGAGAGACGCCAUGCAUCGAGGAUAUUACAUGAUCGAAGCCUACAGAUGCCAAUCUCACAACAAAGAGAAGGAUAAAGAUCACAUUUUGAGUCACUCUUCACAAUCCUCCAAAGCAAUUUCUGCCCAAAACUUCUGUUUCUCCAGUAGUGGAACUAGUACACAGAUUUUGGAAGAAAUGAAUGGAGUGCUCGACAGUUUGAGCUCCAUGGUCCUUGAUGCCAGUGAGCUGAUCCUCUUUUUGGAGAGCUAUCCCCGCAUGUACCGUGAGCCCUACAGCAUGCAUAUCCUGUUGAGGAACUGCAUGUUUGGGCGCCAGAUGGAGACAGAACUCAUCAUCAACUUCCUGCUUCACAGUGAGUCUGGUAGUACUGAAGAAUUGGAGGUCCUACCGAUUGUCGGUCCUGGCAGAGUUGGGAAAAGCACCCUUGUUGCCCAUGUGUGUAAGGAUGAAAGAAUCCGCAACCAUUUCUCGGAAAUCUUCUUCCUGCACAAACAUGAUUUUAUAGAUGGUGAGCAUCCUUUUUCCAACGAAAGAUGUGGGAUGAAGCAUCAAAGUAGCUUGUCGAACUCGAAUAGUGAGAGGAGACUGUUAGUUGUUGAGUUAAUUGGGGAUCUCGACGAAGAUACAUGGGGAAGGUUGUAUUCUGCUUUUAAAUGGAGCGUCCAAAGCAGUAGUAAAAUCAUAGUCACAAGUCGGUCUGACAAGAUCAUAAAGUUUGGAACAACACAAGCACUAACUCUAAAGUAUCUAUCCCAGGAGGCAUAUUGGUAUUUCUUCAAGACACUUACAUUUGGAAGCCUGGAUCCCAAGACACAUCCAAGGCUUACAGGCAUAGCCAUGGAGAUAUCCAGGACACUGAAUGGUUCCCUCAUUGCUGCAAACGUCACUUCUCUUGUGCUGAGGGGUAACUUUGACAUCCACUUCUGGUGCAAGGUUUUGGCAUUCUUGAGAGGGUCUUACCAGAAGCAUGUCUCCAGAUUUGGCGAUCAUCCAAUCGAUCUUAUGAACCAAAAUAGGCCUGCACGUUUCGAGAGAAUUGCUGCACGCUCUGAAGAUUUCAUUGUUCAUUGUGAGCAUCAACGCUCUUCACAAGAGGAUGUUCCCGGGAUAAAACUCCACGAUCUUGUGUAUGGAAGCAUUAAGCCACAGGGAAAAUUUGAGGUCCUAGCAUGGAAAUCUGAGAUACCACCCUACUACAGCUAUGUUUAUGCUAGUGAAAUCCCAGAGCUAAAAACAAAAGCUGCCAAGAGGAAGCGUUCUAUGAAAAAUGAAGUCGUGCCUUGUUAG